AGUAAGCAGGAGAGUCAUGCUUGUUGGUUUGAACAUAAGCCUCUUGACUUUCCUAUUUCAGUCCGUUAUGGCACAUGAAAGUCCAAGCAAUCUUUAUUUUUUAGACGAUACUGGGGACAUUAUAUUAAACGGGUCCGACUGUGAGAGACAUGAAACUAUCAGCUGGGAAUGGAAACCACAUUCGGGGCAACAAACUACAAGACACUUGGGUACUUUCUACAGAGAAGGUGAAGGAUGGAAAGUGCACUGGAGUAAAGAGUACAGUAAUUUUGAGUACAUUUAUAACAAGAUUAGUCAGGACAGCAAUACCCUCAGUCUGAGGAUUACCAGGCCUGAAUUUGAGCUUGCGGGUUUGUUCAGCUGCAGACAGAAGGAGGCCAGUGACAAGAUCCUGAAACAGUAUGAAGUAUUUGGGAUCAAAGAUCAGUUUCAUUCACAGCAUCGUGUAAGCGGAAGUGACAUUACUCUCAGCUGCAGCAUCUCAAGACUGUCAGAUUCAGUCAGUCUUCAUUGGAAACAUGGAGACUCGAUCCUGUACAAUAGGCAAAAUUUUGCUGAUCAGAUUCAGCUAAAUAAUACACUCUAUCUGAUAAUCAGCUAUGUUGGAGGCAAGAAAUAUUAUCAAUUUAUGUGUGCAGUACAAGAAGAUGGCAUUGUUGUAUUCACUGGAAACAGAUACACAUAUCCUGUUAGAUCUUUUAUAUUUUGGGAUGACUACACAUGUUAUCGAUCAAGCACAGUUCACAGUGAACUUCACCUGACUUGCAGUUAUAUGUAUUUUUGGCGACCCAGACCAACUGCUUUGUUUUGGAAGUCAUAUCGUUCUGCAAAUCAAGCCAGACAGAUCGCCUCUGAUUCAGGACAACAACAUAUCGAACUAAAUCAGACACAUUUUGAGAAUCGAAUAAAUCUAACUGGAAUAUAUGACAUUUUUGGAAUGUUCACUGCACACAUUGUCCCCGUGUUGUUCGAUGAUGCUGGAGAUUACACUUGCACUGCUAAUGCAGUGACGGUUCAAACCAUUAAGCUAAUUACAGUGAAAGUCACAGCUGAACCGUCUGAAGCAGUAACUGAGGGAGACAACGUUAUCCUGAUCUGCUCUGUGUCUGAGGUCACUGAAUCAAUGAGACUUGCUUGGAUCAAUAGUGAUGGCAAAACUGUUGGAGAAAAGACACUGAAUGUGGAGGAGGAAUCACUGAGUCUGAUUAUUCAGACAGACGAUAGAGGGAGAGGGAACUGGAGAUGUGUUUUAUUUCAUCAAGAUACUCCUAAGGUUGUUAUCCCCUACAAUCUGGAAUACAAGGUAAAAACAAGACCCCUUCUGGACAUGUGGAUUCUGGCUCUUUCCAGCUACUUGGUUGUUAAGCUGAGUACUGCAAUCGGACUGAUCUGCCAUGCAAGGCGCUUGAGCAGAAUGUGAACCUGUGAGAAUUGACGCACGAGGACAUAAAGUGAAGCAAGGGGUUAUUGAGGGAUCAUAUCAUUACAGAGCCUGAAAUCCAACACCGCUCUGAAGACUGGCAUCUCCGAAAACCAACGUGAUCCACUUGUAAACAGAUUGUGCAUUCUGUGAUUUAUUCUGGAUUUAAUCUACCUUUUUCUCUCUCCAGCUUGAUUAGUUUAUAGAAUGACAUUUGUAUAAGCCCAGCUGUGUAUUUCAAGACUUAAUCUCUCUAUAAAGUAUUAAUUCAGAGUAUACUCGCUUCUAUAAUGUAAUGACAGUAGGAGGUGAGUGACCCAUGAGGAGAGGCACAGCUUUAUGACAUUAGAGGAAUUGAUUCACCAUGGUUAUGUUACUAGACAAGCCCUGGAUAUCAGUCCAGGGAACCGAGUUCAAAUCCCACCACAGCCUAUGGAGAAUUCAAAUUCAGUUUGUUAACUAACCUGGAAUAGUUACCUUUGCCAAUGAUGACCAAUAUCGGUAAAUGUCAUCCACUUCACUAUGGCAUUUGAAUAAGGAAACCUGUUAACAGAACUAGGACAGACUCAGUUAAGAUAAAUUGUUACGACCACCACUAAGAAUUAGGAUGGCACAGUGUCACAGCUAGUUGAGUUACUAACUGUAGCUUCAGUGACCCAAGUUCAAUCCUUGACCUCAAGAGUUUGCACUUUCUUGAUGUUGUUGCACGUGUUUCCUCCAGAUGCUGUGUGUUUCCCUACAUUGCAAUGGUGACUGUGAUGCCAAGGUUCUUGAUUGGCUGACACUUUGAAAAGCACUUAAUAAUGUAAAUUACUUUCCCCUUCAUUUUAUAUGUUUGUUAAUUUUCUUUUAGGUAUUGUUCAAAAGCUUUUCAGAAUAUUAUAGGAAUUUAUACUACAAUUCUUAAAUUGUUCAAUUUAAAUUUCUGAAUUAAUCUUUCGCUUGUUCAUAACAAAUUGAAUAAAACUGCGGUUUGGACUGCAA